AUGACGAUUUAUUCAAUGACGCAUAGCGAUUGAGGAAUCAUUUAUUUCCUUUGAUAACAUAAAACUUUCUCCUCCCUUGCAUAAAUAAGUGAAUAAAGUUGUAUCGUUUAACCAAGAUAUUUGUUCGAAAAUUUCCUGUGGUUUAAAGUGAAUGAUAUUUAACUAAACACACGUACUCUACGGGAGUCACUUGUUGUUUUCUAUUCAGAACCGGCUUUUAAGAUGUGGAAAGCUGCAACAGAUGUAACAGCUCCUGCACCAGCGGAGGCUGAUGAUUGGGAGACAGACCCUGACUUUGUGAAUGAUGUCAGUGAACAUGAACAGAGAUGGGGACCUGGUGGCAGGAACGUGGAGGCUAUUGAUAUGGCGAGACUGAGAGAGGAAGUGCUGGAGGAAGAUAAGGAAAUAAAGAAGAAACAAUAUGAACAGGGACCAAAGCCAUCUUUCGGAUAUGGUGGAAAAUUUGGUGUACAAGAAGACAGAAUGGACAAAUCAGCGGUGGGUCAUGAUUAUGUUGGCAAAACUGAGAAACAUGUCUCACAGAAAGAUUAUGCUCAAGGCUUCGGAGGUAAAUUUGGGGUACAGAGUGACAGGAUGGAUAAGUCCGCGGUGGGACAUGACUACGUGGGCAAGGUGGAGAAACACGUGUCUCAGACUGACUACGCGCAGGGAUUCGGCGGCAAGUACGGCGUCCAGACUGACAGAGUUGAUAAGAGUGCAGCAGGGUGGGAGCACAAGGAGGAGGUGGCGAAGCAUUCAUCUCAGAAGGACUACGCGAUGGGUUUCGGUGGCAAGUUCGGUGUGCAGAGUGACCGCAAGGACGCAGCCGCGCUCGGCUGGGACCACCACGAGGCGCCGCAACAUCAUCACUCGCAGACAGAUUAUGCGAUAGGUUUCGGUGGGAAGUUUGGUGUGCAGAGUGACAGACAGGACGCCUCCGCCCUCGGCUGGGAUCAUGUGGAGCGCGCGCCUGCACACGCCAGCCAGCUCGACCACAAGAAGGGUUUCGGAGGUAAAUUCGGUGUGGAGUCUGACAGAGUGGACAAAUCGGCGCACAGAUUCGACGAAGUAGGCAAAGUGGGCACCAACUAUACCAAACAGAAGCCUGACAUCGGCGGCGCGAAGCCUUCCUCUAUACGUGCUAAGUUUGAGAACAUGGCCAAGGAGAAGGAACAGGAGGCGCUACAAUCCGUGCAGAAGAUUAGACAAGAGAGACAGCUGAUGGACAAAGAGUUAACGCAGAAGGAAAAAGAUAAAGUAGUCAUAGACAAAGAUGAAGAACCACAGGUAUUAAUACAAAAAGAAGAACCUAAAAUUAUAGUUCCCAAACAAAUACAGCGGGAAACAACUACAGAAGCAGUGAAACAGAUAGAAGAGAAGAUAGAGAUAGAGAAGAAAGAAGUAAGAGAGGUACAGAGUCAAGAAGAAGUUAAGUUAACAAACUUACCAGAUGUAACAUUAGUGGGAGAAGCAAAAGAACAUAAAGAAGAAAAAGAAGAGAGCCGGCAGCCGACCAUCGUGGUGUCACCAGUGGGGUGGGAGGGGAGCGAGGGCGGCGAGGGGGAGGGCGAGGGCGGGGAGGAGGAGGAGGACGGGUACACCGCGCGUGCCCUCUACGACUACCAGGCCGGCAUCGACGAGGGCUGGUGGCAAGGUCUAUGCAAAGGCGCAUACGGCCUCUUUCCUGCCAACUACGUGCAGCUGCAAGACAAAUAA